GAGAUUAUGAUAUAUUUUUAAUUAUGAUUUGGGUUGUGUAGUACAAAACUAAUCCUAUGAGCUGAGCUGUCUAAAUAAUUAAAUAAUUAAAAAGGGAAAGGGAAGAUUAAUUAGAAAUAGAAAUAGAGAAGAGAAGAGAAGGCCCAGCCCGGCCCAAUUGGAGGGUGUUCCCUAGAACUGAGACACCACUUAUAAAGGCUCCACGUGUGACCUUUUCUCUGACACUGCCAGGCGCCGCGCUCAGCCCCUCAUUCGUAGGGCUUACGUCAUCCCCCUCACGUCUCAUCAGCCGCCGUCUCCCCCUUCCUCCUUCCUCCUUCCUCCUUCCUCCUUCCUCCUUUCCCCCUUCUCUUUUUCUAUUAUUUUAUCAUUAUUCUUUUACUAAUUAAUUCCCCUCUCUACUAAUCAAAAUUCCUAUAAUUAUCGUUUGUAUUUAUAUAUUUUAUGUGUAGUUUAUGCCGUCUACCCGACGAUUACGGGUGACUUAGUGGGUCCCUUCUUUCUUUUCCCCCUUCCACUUCAAACUUCUUCUCUUCCUUUUUAUUUUCACUUCCCACAUAAUCCCUUUUCCUCUCUCUCUCUCUCUCUCUCUCUAAUUUCUUUCUUCCCCACAAAACAAAACCCCUUUUACUUUUUCUUCACUUCAUCUUCAUCUUCAUGGCUUCCACUCGCGAAGGUCACUACAGAGGCGUCCGAAAGCGUCCAUGGGGUCGUUACGCCGCCGAAAUACGCGACCCUUGGAAGAAAACCCGUGUUUGGUUAGGCACUUUCGAUACUCCUGAAGAAGCCGCCCUUGCUUACGACGGUGCUGCCCGUUCCCUCCGCGGCUCUAAAGCUAAAACCAACUUCCCUCCUCCCCUCCCUGGUCUCUCCCUCGACCUCAACGUAUCCGGUCCUUGGCCCACCCCUACCUCUGCACCCCCUUGUUCCUCCUCCUCCUCGUCCUCGUCCUCAGCUCGUUUUCUCCUCGGCGAUUUCCUCCGUCACGGCGUCAGAAAUGAUAUGUGUAAUCUCAAUGUGGAUGCAGCCUCUCCGGUUCUUGUGGACACAAGCGCUUCAGCUUCUUCCACAGCUUCCGCGUCGUUUAUUGGUCAUGUCCGACGUGGCCUCCCUUUUGAUCUCAACGAGCCUCCACCGGUGUGGCUAUGAUCCAUUCAACAAACCAACCGGCGUUUUUUACGGACAUCAUUCUCUCAUUUCCCUUUUUAUUUUUAUUUUUAACCGUCCUUUGUAUCCACUUUUUCCACCCCCCAAGAUUAAAAAAAUACAUAUGUUGUAAAUACAAGUUUUGGUGGAUAUUAUUGAUUGGUCUCUUCCAUA